CAUUUGGUGAUUUAAAAGAACCUGGCGGUACUGUCAACAUAGUUUCGAUUUUCUCGUGAGACAAUGGCAGGGGAUGAUAAGGUGAACAUUGAUAGUGUCAUUGGUAGAUUACUAGAGGUUCGACGCACUCGUCCUGGCAAAAACGUCCAAAUGAGCGAAGCAGAAAUCCGCGGGCUGUGUCUGAAGUCUCGCGAAAUCUUUUUAAGUCAACCUAUUUUACUAGAACUGGAGGCUCCCCUCAAAAUAUGCGGUGAUAUUCACGGACAAUAUUAUGAUUUGCUCCGUCUUUUCGAGUAUGGAGCAUUUCCUCCCGAAGCAAAUUAUUUGUUCUUGGGUGACUAUGUGGAUCGAGGAAAGCAGUCUCUUGAAACAAUAUGCCUGCUACUAGCCUAUAAAAUCAAAUAUCCAGAAAAUUUCUUCUUGCUAAGGGGUAAUCAUGAAUGUGCCUCUAUUAACCGUAUAUAUGGAUUUUAUGAUGAAUGCAAACGUCGAUAUAAUAUAAAAUUGUGGAAAACCUUCACAGAUUGUUUCAAUUGUUUGCCGAUUGUAGCAAUUAUAGACGAGAAGAUUUUCUGCUGUCAUGGCGGUCUCUCACCAGAUCUUUCAACAAUGGAACAGAUAAGACGCAUCAUGCGUCCUACAGAUGUUCCUGAUCAAGGACUAUUAUGUGAUUUACUUUGGUCAGAUCCAGAUAAAGAUGUAACUGGUUGGGGUGAAAACGAUCGCGGUGUUAGUUAUACAUUUGGUCCAGAUAUUGUGGCCAGAUUUUUACAUAAACAUGAUUUGGAUUUAAUAUGCCGUGCUCACCAGGUUGUCGAAGACGGUUAUGAAUUCUUCGCCAAGCGUCAAUUAGUUACUCUUUUUUCCGCCCCGAAUUAUUGCGGUGAAUUUGAUAAUGCAGGAGCUAUGAUGUCAGUAGAUGAUACAUUAUUGUGCUCAUUUCAAAUUUUGCGUCCAGCUGAAAAGAAAAAGUAUUACGUUGGUGUCCCAACUGGCAGCCGACCAAUUACUCCACCUCGUGGGGCUAAAGCGAAAGGGAAAUUAUAAAAAUCUUGAAAUAUUGCAUCUCCAAUUUCUUUGCUUUUAAGACUAUAAUUAAAGCGUCAGGUGAAUAACUUUAUGACUACUGUCCCCUGUUCAUUGCUGUCAUUUAUCACAGUUUUUCAAAAAAUCUCUUUCUACGUCGAAAAGUUUAGAUUUUCCCUAUAUAUGUCUUUUUGUGGAAAAAAGCAGUCGUAUUUUGUCCUAUAUCAUUGAGAUUGGAUUAAUCAGUGUGAACUAUCCUCUUUGGAAUCUUUUGUUUCUAAGUUAUUAAACAGCUUUCAUUUACUUUCAUACCUACAAGUCUUGUUAUUCAAAAGGCUUGUUCUCUUUUUUGCAUGUUGUAGAAGCAUACAAAAAUUAAAACAUUGUUUAUUAAUUCUACUCUGUUGGGUACCACUUUACUAUUGUUAUUACUACUAUCAUAAUUGUACAUUUCUUUUUCUUCUCCUUAUGUUUAAUUGUUAUUUAGAAAAUCAAACUGGAGAAAUGAGUAGUUUUCAGUCGAUUUGCUCAAUUGCUCCUUCGACUGAUCACUAGUGUUGUUAAAAAAAUAAUAAUUCAACGGUAGAAAUUACCUAUACUAAUUUUUAUACAUUUCAAACCUAUUGUUUUGGACGUCAAAAUACUUAGUUCAUGUAUGUGAUGAAUGUGUGUAUGCUGUCUUUUUUGUUUUCGAAAUUUGAUUGUUUACAUUAAUAACUGAGUUCCAGGUUUUUUACUUUUUUUUUCCAAUUUACUUGUAUUGUACAGUUAGCUACUUUCUGUUGUAAAACCUCAUAUUCUUUAAUGAAACAGUAUGUUGGAUUGAGUAAAAUAUAACUUCGCCUUGCUGUAUCGGUGUUAUUUUUCUAAAUAAAUAUAGGUACUUGCUUC